GGCGCGGUGGAGUCCCGUGGUUAUAACUGCGCAACCUGCAGCCGAAUUUGUAUUGGUCAUCGGUGUACAUCCUCACAGAUAAUGGAAGAUUCAAUGCCUCAAGAUGUAGGACCAUGGUAUUCACAGAAAGUGUAUGCAAGGUACUGGAAGCAUUACAAUCAAGCCAUGGAGUGGAUGUGCCGACACAAAAUGGCUUACAGGAAAGCCAUGGAGUCCUUGUACAAUCCAUCGUUUUCCCCUUCUGAAAGCCAUGCCAGUAGACGCUACCCAGACUGGGAUGAAGGUGAGCCCUUGAGAGAUGGGCCCGAUUAUGCCUUCACCCGAAGCAGCAAAGCCCGGUACCCUUCCCGGCCUCCGCAUGUCCCACCUAAUACCCGGAGAAGAGAAGCAACGGAGAGGGAGUCCGAAACAGACACGGACUCUGAAGGUGAAGGGGACAUUGAGUACGACCUGAGCAAUAUGGAAAUCACAGAAGAGCUCCGCCAGUAUUUUGAACAGACUGAGAAGCACAGGGAAGAACUGCGAAAACAGCAACAGCUUGAGGAGGAACACCAAGGCAUGUACGUUGAAGCUGACCAUGACCUUCACCAAUCAACAAGCCGAUCCGCACAGCCCCCAUCUGAGAAGCCUGGUGAGAGGAGAAUGGCUGAAAUGAAGAAACUCUACGGUGCGGGCGCCAACAAAAUCCAAGCUAUGGAGACCACCAUGCAGCUCGGCUUUGAUAGGAACUGUGAUAAAAAGCAGCCCAAGUACUGGCCCAUUAUUCCCCUAAAACUCUGAGCUGUGUCUGCCUGUGUGUCUCCCUUUUAAGAGACUCAGAGUUGCAUAUCUUGAUGCUCAACCAAGCAGAAGGAUUUAAGUGAAUGGAUCAAGAGUCAGCAAAAAGGCCCUUUUUUAUUUUCCUUUCCCCUUUCCAACGCUGCUUUUGAAUGUGUCUGCCAGUUUCCAGAGUCCAUUCCAGCUCAACAGGAAGAGCUGAAUUGGUCAUUUGUAUUGCAGGGGAUAGGAAAAAUUCUCUUUUAAAAUAUAUUUCAACUAAUUUCAUUUUGGCUGGCCUCGGUCGUGCAGGAAAUGAAGUAGCAUUUGUUUUCACUUAGUUGUGCUAGGAAAAAGGUUAAAGACUACCCAAUUGUAGCAUGUCCUGGUAGAAAAUUAUUUUUUUAGUUGUUAGUGAUAUACUAGUUUUGACACAGAUUUGUGACUACCUUUUUUCUUUUUUGCCACAGGUACUGAUAUUCUAGAGGUAGCUGAAGUAGUUGUUGAGCCUACUGUAGCAUAGUUAUUUGAGUUCUUCCUCAAACAGGCAGAAACCUAGCCUGUAAGGUUUCAAUUCAGAAGCAAACAUGUAAAAAGUAUUUUCCAUUCAUGUUGGUUGGUUUGUCUUUUCUACACAACUGGGUAAUAAACAUUUAUGAGAUUAA